AUGCUUUUGUUCCUUACUAAAAAAAACGCCGGCAAAAACGCUUGUUAUGGAAAUAAAAAAAAAUUAAUUAAAAUAACCUUUAGCUUUUUUUUACUUUUAAUUUUGCUUUACCCAUUUUUUAACUUUUACCGUUAUAAUGUUAAAGCUAACGAAAUUUUUAAAAGCUUUAUUUGGUUAAUUUUUGGUUAUAACGUUCGUAAGGUUAUUUGCUUUUGCAAUCCACCAAAUUUCGUUAAUUUCCCGCCUUUUAUAAAAUUUGCGGAAAGCUAUAAUAUUUAUUAUAAAGCGUUUUUCCGUUAUUGUCCCAAAUUAAAUAAGGCAUUGGUAAAGCAACAAAUUAUUUAUGCAAAUUACCACAUUAAACCCGCUAAUUAUGCCGUAAAUUUUACUUGCAAAAACAUUGCGUAUUACCCUUUUGCACUUAACGAAGCUCCAAUGCAAUAUAUUUCCAAUAAUUUAAAAGCUAUUUUUUUGCUUUAUGCUUUAUUUAACGCUAAAAACAACCAAAAAGCCAAUUUGCUUUAUUGCUUAAAUUUAACGUAUUAUUGGUUUGCAUACCAAUAA